UUCCCGGGUCCUCCGGGUCACCGAGCCCUCCUCCAAGAGCAGACGCUGGGGGUCACCCUUACCUCCGGGGCCGACCGAGCCGCUACCAGGAAGUGCAGAUGUCGCCGAGGUUCUUAGCGUCUUUUUUUUUUUUUUAAGAAUGCCUGCCGUUACUCUCUCAUUCACCCCACGAACAAUUCUUGGGUGUCUGCCCUUUGGCAGAGAGAUAAACAAGACACGGUCCCGGUCCACAUAAAGGACUGUGGGACUGGGUGAUAAGAGCUGCCCCGGAGGGUAACGGCCCUGAGCCUUGCAGUUAGUUGCCGGCCACGCAGGGACUCAGAUGUUUGCUGGAUGGAGAGCUCUGGUUGGAGAGCAUUCCGAGUGGAAGAAAGGUGGCCGUCAUGAAAACUCUCCGUGUGCAGGGCGCAUGGGUGCCUGGAGACGAAGCUGGAGAGAGCUGCUGCCCAAAGGGAGCAAAGAGGAGCAGCGGGAUUACGUCUUCUACCUGGCUGUGGGGAACUACCGACUCAAGGAAUAUGAAAAGGCCCUAAAGUAUGUGCGAGGGCUGCUGCAGACAGAGCCGCAGAACAGCCAGGCCAAAGAACUGGAACGGCUCAUUGACAAGGCCAUGAAGAAAGAUGGACUAGUGGGCAUGGCCAUCGUUGGAGGCAUGGCCCUGGGCGUGGCGGGACUGGCUGGACUCAUUGGACUUGCUGUGUCCAAGUCCAAAUCCUGAAGGAGACGGCAUCCCUGCGUCUGUGCAGGGACAUGUGGGAGCCCGUGGAGGACACUGGAAGAGCGGCCCACCCCCCGGGCCAUCCCUUUCUUCUCCUGCACCCCCUCCCUGUCCCCUGUGGCCGUCACCCUCCUCUCCCCUGAGACCUGUCACCUAUCCCCAAAUCAUGUGCUUUGCAAUGAGUGUAAAUAAAAUUGGACUUGGGCUUGGGAA